UUCUUCGGUAAUGGCCUCGGAGAAGCAUAGUGUGGCAGUGACCUGCACCGCGCCGGUUAACAUCGCGGUCAUCAAGUACUGGGGAAAGCGAGAUGAGAAGUUGAUCCUGCCCAUCAACUCCUCUCUGAGUGUCACUUUGCACCAGGAUCAGUUGAAAACUACUACAACAGCUGUCAUUAGCAAGGACUUCACUGAGGACCGGAUUUGGCUCAACGGCCAGGAGGAAGACAUAGGGCAGCCACGCAUCCAGGCCUGCCUGAGCCAGAUGGCUGUCUCCCCCUCCACAGUCCGCCGCCUGGCCCGAAAGCGGAGGAGUGGUGAGGAGGACCUGCCGCCUCUCAGCCUCAGCUACAAGGUUCACAUCGCAUCGGUGAACAACUUCCCCACAGCUGCAGGCCUGGCCUCCUCGGCCGCAGGCUAUGCGUGCCUAGCCUACGCCCUGGCCCGAGUCUAUGGGGUCGAGGGGGACCUUUCAGAAGUAGCUCGCCGGGGCUCGGGCAGCGCCUGUCGGAGCCUGUAUGGAGGCUUCGUGGAGUGGCAGAUGGGGGAGCGGGCUGACGGGAAGGACAGCGUCGCCCGGCAGGUGGCCCCUGAAUCACACUGGCCUGAACUCCGAGUCCUCAUUCUUGUGGUGAGCGCUGAGAAGAAGCUGACUGGCAGCACAGCGGGCAUGCAGACCAGCGUGGAGACCAGCCCCCUGCUCAGGUUCCGGGCUGAGGCGGUGGUGCCAGCGCGCAUGGCAGAGAUGAUCCGCUGUGUCAAAGAAAGAAACUUCCAGGGCUUUGGCCAGCUGACCAUGAAGGACAGCAACCAGUUCCAUGCCACCUGCCUGGACACCUUUCCGCCCAUCUCUUAUCUCAACGACACUUCCAGGCGUAUCAUCCACCUGGUGCACCGCUUCAAUGCCCACCAUGGGCAGACCAAGGUGGCAUACACGUUUGAUGCAGGCCCCAACGCUGUGAUUUUUACCCUGGACGACACUGUGGCUGAGUUUGUGGCUGCCGUGAAGCACUGCUUCCCCCCUGAGUCAAACAAAGACAAGUUUCUGAAGGGGCUUCCUGUGAGGCCGGCCCCGCUGUCGGACGAGCUUAGAGCUGCACUGGGCAUGGACCCCACCCCUGGCGGCGUCAAGUACAUCAUUGCCUCUCAGGUGGGUCCUGGGCCGCAAAUGCUGGACCAGCCACAUGCUCACCUCCUGGGCCCCGACGGCCUGCCAAAGCCGGAAGCUUGACUGCCUCCCUGACAGGAGCUCUGCCUGCCACUUGGAGAAGGGCCUGCUUUGCUGGGACUGGGGAGCUGAGUAUGGUAGCAGCUGUGCCCUGCUUAUUGGGACAAGUGGGUAGCCGCCUGGUCCCAGGCCAGGAAAUGUGCUGUGGCUGAGUGGGGCAGUGUGGUGACCAUCUGGAGGCUCCCAGGUGCCCAGGAGCAGGCCCCCCACCAAGGGCCUCAGCUCCCGCACCUGCCCUGUGCUGAGAUGAGGGCUGGAACGACCUGAGGGACGUGGUGGAUCCAUCGGAUAGGGGUGAGCUGCUGGUGUGUCCCCUAUAGAGGAUCUCUGACCCUGAGCUCUGGGGCCACUCCCACUGCUCAAAGCAGGAGCUCCUUCCCCCUGAGAUGGGGCAUCGGCGUCCCUCUCUGGAGCUGGAGAACCGAUCACUGUCCAGGGAGCAACCUCCGCAGCCUCAGGAUCCCUCAGAACGUGCCUCAAGCAUGACGGUCAUCCGAGCUCCUCUGCCAGAGCUCAGGCCACUGGGUAUGGGUGGCAUGUUUCCUCAUGAGCAGACCAGCAGUGCGUCUCCAGAGGGAGGUGGGAGAGCAGCCCAAGACGCGUUGUCCCACAG